AUGUUAAUGCAUCAGAGAAUUUUGGGGAGACUUUUGGUGGUGAUAUAUUUUUUUCUGAGUUAUAAUAAUGUUCAAGGAGAAAUAAAAUUGUCCAAAUUAGAAGAUAUGAAAAUGGAGAAACAACUUAAAUUAUUGAACAAACCCGCUGUCAAAACAAUUAAGACUAUAUAUGGAGAUAUAUAUGAUUGUGUGGAUUUCUAUAAACAACCUGCAUUCGAUCAUCCGUUAUUGAAGAAUCAUAAUUUUCAUCCUCAGAUGAAACCUACUUUAUUCAGAACAAAGAAAAAAUCAGAAAACUCAUCAACUACUCCGUCGUCAAGGACGUGGUUAAAAGGUAAAGGUUGUCCCCUUGGAACAGUUCCAAUUAAGCGAAUUACAAAAGAAGAUCUUAUUAGACAAAGAAGUAUGCCUCCACCAGAAAAUGUCAUAUUUGAUGAUCGAUGGGCUACGUCUAACAAUAAUAGUGAGCAAAAAGGAAUAAACAACUCUUCACAAGGAUAUAAGGUUGCAAUAGCUCGAACUCCAAUUAAUCCAAAUAAUAAGUUUGCGGGAGGUGGAAUGUCAGCUAGUAUAUGGAAUCCUCAUGUUGAAGGUCAACAACAUAGUGCAUGUCGAUUGAAAAUUCAAAAAGAACAAGAUAUUAUACAAGUUGGUUGGAGAGUGGACCCAAUACUCUAUGGAAAUACUCAAACAAGGCUUUUUAUACAUUUUCAAGCCGGUAAAAAGCAUUGUUUCAAUAUAUUAUGUCCUGGUUUUGUUAUAGUGAGCCAUGAGAUACCUGUUGAUAUGUUAUACGAUCAAGUUUCACAUCGUGGAGAUAAUACAUCAUUGGAAGACGAAAUGGGGAUCAGUCGGGAUCUAGUCAAUGGAAACUGGUGGCUUCUCAUGGAAGAUAAUCAUAUAAAAGUUGGUUUCUGGCCUCAACGGAUCUUCACUAGCUUGACUAGCUUUGCUACGGAUGUUGAAUGGGGAGGAGUAGUAUAUAGCCCACCAGGUGUACCUGAACCUCCAAUGGGAUCGAGUUUUUUCCCCAUUAACGACACAACUUAUGAUGCUUAUUGCAGCGGACUUCAAGUUUUAAAUGCAAAAGGUGAAAUGAUAGACGUGGAUAGAGUAAUCACACAUGUCGACGAUACUAAUCUAUACAAGAUUGUAGACUAUCCACAUGCUAGUCCAGGAAAGUUUCAACAUUAUAUACUUUAUGGUGGACCUGGUGAGAACGCAUAA